UUCCUUUCACACCCCCACCCUUCCUUCUCUCCUUUCUCUCAAUAACACUCCCCCAUUCAGCUCCAAUGGCCAUCCCCCCCCAAACUCUGGCUUUUGUCUUUGGCCUUUUAGGCAACAUUAUCUCCUUCAUGGUCUUCCUAGCUCCACUGCCAACCUUUUACAAGAUAUACAAGAAGAAGUCCGCGGAAGGAUACCAAUCCUUACCCUAUGUGGUUGCACUAUUCAGCGCCAUGCUUUGGAUUUACUAUGCCCUUCUCAAAACCAACGCAACCUUCCUCAUUACCAUCAACUCCUUUGGCUGUGUAAUUGAGACCCUUUACAUCCUUCUCUUCGUAUUCUACGCCCCCACAAAAUUGAGGUUCCAAACCGCGAAGUUGGUAGUGCUGUUGAAUGUGUUGGGGUUCGGGGUGAUGCUGGCUUUGACUCUGCUGUUAGCCAAAGGAGAGAAGCGUCUGAAGGUUCUUGGGUGGAUAUGCCUGGUGUUCAACCUUAGUGUCUUCGCUGCACCCCUUUUCAUCAUGGGCAAGGUGAUGAAGACCAAGAGCGUGGAGUACAUGCCCUUUGCUCUCUCCUUCUUUCUCACUCUCAACGCAGUCAUGUGGUUCUUUUACGGCCUUCUUCUCAAGGACUAUUACAUUGCGCUUCCCAACGUGGUGGGGUUCGUGUUUGGCAUAAUCCAGAUGAUCCUGUACGUCAUAUUCAAGAACGCAAAGAAAGGCAUCCCGGUGAAAGAAGAGCAGCAGCCAAAGGCGCAGCAGCUUCACGAACUGUCGGAGCAAAUAAUCGACGCGGUGAAGCUUGGGACGAUGGUGUGCACGGAGCUAAGCCCGGUGGGGGUUCUUCAGCCAAGCAUGGAGGUGGUGGACGUUGUGGUGGAAGCCGUGAUUGACAACAUUCAGAAGAAGAAGGAAGAAAUAACAAGCUGAUCAAAUUGUGUUGUUGUUGUUGUUGUUAAUCAUGAUUAGUUAGUUAGUUAGUUAGUUAGUUAGUUAAAAUCAGGGUGGUGGUUGGUGUAUCAACUAAUUAGUAGCGUAGUAAGUAGUAUUGGUUUUGUUGUCCCGUCCGCCGCAAGCCGGCCACAAGAGAGAACUUAAACCCUCUCUCUUUCAUCUAUCUCUCUCGCUCUGUAAUCAUCUCUAACUUUUUCAUGUUUCCAAAUCAAACCUCUUAUUCUUCCCUU